AUGGUCACCAAAAUUACCCUCAAGCUGGUGUCUCGAUUGUUAGCACCAAAGCAGGCGAUCAAGAAACUCCCCCCCACACUCGAGCUCCCCGCCGACACCCUCGUCGAAGAUGUGAAGGUCCUUAUUGCCCGCCAGGUGGGCAUCAAGGACCACAACCAGAUUGGUCUUGUCGACCCUGUCACCAAGAAGACAUUGAAGGACCGCAAGGCCCAGAUUGGCUCGGAGGAGAAUGUCGUCUCGUCCGGUAGCCUCAUUGUCAAGAAUUUGGGCAUGCAGAUCGCGUGGCAGACCGUCUUCGUCGUGGAGUACUUCGGCCCCCUUCUUUUCCAUGCCGCCGUCGUUGCCCUUCGCCCGUACCUCUACCGCGACGCGGCGUCGAAGCCCCUGACGCAGACGCAGUGGCUUGGCUUCGCCAUGUUCAUGGGCCACUUCCUCAAGCGUGAAUGGGAGACGCUUUUCGUCCACAAGUUCUCUGCGUCGACCAUGCCGGCGCGCAACAUCUUCAAAAACUCCUUCUUCUACUGGGUCUUCUCCGGCGCUCUCUGCGCUUGGGAGAUCUAUGCGCCCUGGUCUCCGGCCGCCAAAGCCAACAACCCGCUCAUCGACGCAAUCGGCGCCCUGAUCUACGUCUUCGGCGAAAUCUCCAACGCCAUCGUCCACCAGAACCUCGCCGGCCUGCGCACGCGGGGCGGUACCGAGAGGAAGAUCCCUCGCGGCUACGGCUUCUCGCUGGUCACCUGCCCCAACUACAUGUUCGAGAUCACCGCGUGGAUCGGCGUCAUCAUUGCUUGCCGCAGUGCAAGCGCCGCGCUGUUCAUCGCGAUCGGUGCCGCGCAAAUGUCGGCUUGGGCCAAGGGCAAGGAGAGGGCGUACCGCAAGGAAUUCCCUGAGACAUACAAGAGAAAGAAGUUUGUGCUGCUGCCCGGCAUCUACUAA